AUGGGUUGUGUCAGGAACAAAGUAGUAAAGAGAGCAGCGAAGACGAUUGCAGAGAAGUAUUUUGAAAGACUUGACAACACUUUUGACCACAAUGUGCUUGUUGUGCAGGAGGUUGCAGUGGUGAAGUCGAAGAAAUUGAAGAAUGAAAUUGCAGGGUAUUUGACAUCGAUAUACAGGAGGAUAUUGAAGGGGAUGUAUCCGAAGGUGUAUGUGAAGAGCCACGAGCUUGAGAGGGAGAGGAAAGAGAGCGUAGUUCCGAAGGUGUCUAUUCUUGAUGCGGAUUGCAUGGAGGUUGAUGAGACAACCAUGGACAUGUUGAGGAAGUGUGGAUAUGGAGGAAAUUUUAAGGUGCGCAAUGCAUAA